AGUUUCUUUCUACUCACGGACUCGCAGUAAUCGGACUUGUUACUCAGUUUGACCGUUAACGGACUCUGAAAGGACCUUUGUACGAUCUGGAAUACCACUGUGUUUGGACGUUGUAUCAGGAAUUUCAUAGUACAGCCGCAUCUCCGCGCUGUGGAUAUUUCUUCUUAUCCUGGAUCUUGUGGAUUAUUUUACUGACUUCAACAUGACUUUGGAAGAGGUCGUUGGAUCAAACAGCACCGAAAAAAAGAUGGAGACGGUGAGUCAAGCUCUGGAGGAGCUACUGGUCGCUGCUCAGCAGCAGGAUUGUCUCACGGUUGGAGUCUACGAGUCCGCCAAACUCAUGAAUGUAGACCCAGACAGCGUUGUACUGUGCAUCCUCGCAACUGAUGAGGAGGAUGAAGACGACAUAGCGCUGCAGAUCCAUUUCACGCUGUUGCAGGCUUUCUGCUGCGACAACGACAUCAACAUCCUGCGGGUGUCAGGCAUGAGGCGGCUGGCUCAGCUGCUAAAGGAGGACACCGAGGACAGCAACAGCAACGAACCCCGGGAUCUGCACUGCAUUCUGGUCACUAACCCUCCAGUGCAGCCUCUGCAGUGCCAAGCCCUGCAAGACGUCGGCAGCUUCUGUGAGGAGAGCCGAUGCAGCAAUCAGUGGGUGCCCUGCCUGGAGCUGCAGGACCGUUGACUGGAACCGGGCCAAGCCAAACCGAAUCAGACCGCCGGGGAGCGGUGAGAAAGAGUGAAAACAAUCAAACCUGCGCAGAAGUAACGCGGUUUGAGUUGUUGUGCUGUGCCGGACCGACCCAAACCGGGAGCCCGAUGGGGGAGGUCGUUGUGACCUCGUGGAGCACGUGAAACGUCGGUACUGGUAGUGGCUGUGGAAGCUGGACCAGACUGAGCAGGAAGUCUCAGUCAUGGAGCUGCAGAGGGGGAAGUGAAGAUGAAAUACCAGGACUUGAGUGACGCAAAUGGAUGUCACAUGAACGAACUGAAGAGCUGCACGUAAAGCUCUAGACUACCUGCGCUGCAGGUGUGGCAGGUGUUCUGCUUACCUGUUUGCUGCACAGGAACUUUUGUCAUGAUGUGAUUUUACACACUGAUGUAUCUAAAUACAUUAAAUAUGAGUCUGCUUGAUGUAAUAGAAUAGCCACAAGUGAGAAGUGAAGCCACAUUGUGUCUUAUUCUGUUUGGUCAAUAAAGUUUUGAUGGAAAUAUAA